AUGUGGAUGAAAAAGUUACAGCAGAAGGCUCUGCAGCAACCUAAGCAGAAGAAAUCCAAGUCGGCUGAAUUUCUGAUGGGUGAAGACGAGAGCGCCACUCUGGUUGGCAUAGAAAACCCAGCCUUCGAUGGAGGAGGAAGCAGCGAGCUUUCCAUUCCUCCGGUUUGGCUGGGGAGAGAAAUUCGAGGUGACAGGCCAGAUAGCACCCUUGCAGCUCACCGAAAAAAAACGGAGCUGCAAGCCCCUGCCAAAGAAAGAGGAAAUAAACGCGCCCAAAAUUACUUUGACCCGUCGUCGGCGGAGCAGACAGACCCAAGGCAUUGCGGGAUGGCUGGGGUCAGCACUGAAGAUGAGCUGGAAUUAACAAUAUUGAACGCUGAUGAAAACAGGCUGUAUCACAGAAUGGCUGCGAUGCUGGAUGAGGACGAUACCUUCAUAAAUAUACCAGGUACGCUGCUAGCCUCCAGGGAUGAGGAGGUGUUGGAAGUGAAGGCGGGUGAUCCAGUCCUUCAGCUCCACGGUGGUGGUGAAGCCUCGGGCUCCACACCCUCCCAGACCCAAACCAUCGCCAAAGCCCAGACUGGGGCCAGUGCUGGGCCGGGAGGAGAGGCUGGACUCGAAGCAGGGAGGAUGGUAAUGGGCAGAGAGAGCGCUGUAAAAAUGAGGCCAGUGGAGGAGCAGAUCCCCCACUACGCCCAGCAGCUGAGGGAGCGUGUGCGGCCUGACAUGAUCACGCUUGGCAGCCUUUCACUGCAGCAGCAGGCGGCUCAGAAGGGACCGCUGAAGAGGAGUGAGUGGGCAAACAGAAAGAAGACGCUAAUGGACUUCUUUGCUGGAAAUGUUAAGGAGCCUCAUUCACAAAGAGACUGUGACGAUGCUCCGCAGCCCAGACCGAACACACUGCUGCAAACCAUUGAAAGCCCUUCACUCAGAGCGCUGGGGGAAGGCCAAGAGGAAGCGAUGGCCAAAUACGGUCAGAUGACAGAGCUCCCAGAAUCCUCCUCUUCGGCAUCACGACCCCAGUGGCAGGUGGACCAGAUCACAUCCCCUCAGCCUGUGGAGGUGUGUGUGUGUUGCCUCAGAGCCACCAGAGACAAGCUGCCGAGGGGCCUCUACACAGUCAGUGUGGCCCUUCACAGCCGUCUCGGGGGUCCAGCUCUGGCCUGGCGCAGUAAGAAGGAGCAGCAUGAGCGGGCGGUGUCCACGGAGCCCAUCGAGCAUCGUGGCCGCUACUGCGACACCGACCUGAACAUCAACCAGAGCCUGUUCAUGAUCUGUCCCGCGGCCUGUGAGGUCGUCCCCUCCAUGGUCCUGGUGUUCCAGCUGAUCGCACUACCAGGGGACGGCAGUUACAUCAGCUCUGUAGUGGCGUGGGGGGCAUUUCCUGUUUGCGGAUCGAGCCUCGGUUUGGUCCAGGGCAGGUUCAAAACCCCUCUGCUCAGGGGGGAGCCGAACACACGCCUGGACCAAUUCAAAAAGAUUGAAGCCGUCAUCUCCUCAGAUUUAGACCACUGGCUGUGCAACUUGUACUUUCAGGUAAAGCGGCUCCCUUCUGGGACAUCCGGGGUUCCAGAGCGCUGUAUCACCCUAUCCAUCCCCCCACCCAACCCCCCUCUGAUGCCCCACCCUGAGGUCCGUCUUGACCAACCACCAGGCCAACUGCCAAUCCAGCCUCAGGCGCAGCUCCGUCCUCAGCCCCAGUUAUACCCCCAGCAGGCGGGGCCCAGCAGCAGAGCAGGAGAGCCCUCUGUGGUUCUCUCUCACCGGGGGUCUCCUCUCUACCUGUCAGCUGAUUCGGCUUGCUCUUCCUCAUCUCUGCCAGGGAAGAAUUCCUCCUCGGGAGCCAUUUCUGGAAACACGGGAGAGAAGAGCGAUCCGUGCAGGGAGAAAGCAGAGGGCGGGAUCCACUACAAGAAGAAGCCAAUCAAGAAGACAAAUAGCUGCGGCCCCAGCAUGAGCAGCGCACCGCCUCGGCAGGCAGGCAAACAGAAGAUGCAGCCUUCAGUGGAGAACCUCUCCACGGAGGAGAUGGAGGAGUAUACAUUCUCCCUACAAUCAGCGCUGCCUGGAGCCGCCUCCCGCCCCUCACGCCUGUCCGAGCGAGCCCGCCUGGCCCUGCGCAUGCUGCCGUCCGAGCUGGGCCUGCCGUUGCCGGGGCAACAACAGCCGCAUAGUAGCUGGCGUGGCUCCGUUCGGCAGCUCGGCCUCAUUAUGCUGCUGCUGGCUUUGAUGUGGUUUGUGAGGCUCUACCUGCAUUACUGCAGCCAGUGGCUCUACCUCCAGGCCAUAGCAGUUCCUGUCAACAAAUUCCAGUUCCACGCACACACGGUGGACCUGGUGUACCAGAGUUCUCUGCUGCACACCCGGGAGGAGCUGGCGAUGGUGGUGGUGGGUCCCCUGACCUUGAACGCAGCAACGUUCCUGCUGGUUCUGAUCAGAUGUGGCUGUCAACAGAUAUUUGGCUCACUCCCUUCCUUCACGUCAAAGUUUAUCAUGGCUCAGGGAGUGUGGACAGUCCUCGACCCCCUGGCCGUCUUUGCGGUGGACGCCGUCCUCGGGCGUCUCGCCUACAGCCCAGACACACCGGUGGGAGACGCAGCCAAGCUUUACUGGCACUACUUCAGAGUUGACCAAUCAGGUGCAGCGGGAGUGAUCAUCACUCUUUUCCUCUAUGCAGUCAUCUUCCUGCUGUCCGUCACCAUCCUCUUCAUCAACAUGCUCAGAUUUCACAACGAUGGGCGCAUGCUGGAUGUCUUUCAGCGCCUCACAGCCAAGGAGGGAACUUACUUCCUGCCUCAAGACCUGGAGCUGUCCAAUCAGGAACUGAGCUACAUUGUCAAGAAGGCGGAGCAAUGGAGAGGCUUCAACGGGGAGAGGCGCAAGGUUACAGUUUACGACUAUAUCUGGACAGCAGAGGACCCCUUGGCAGGCUCAGCAGUCCCUAAUGACCCCCCAAGGGAGGGUGAACCCCCACCAGAGGGGGAGACCAGCACCCAUGUAGCAGUGUACACUCUGUACCUGAGUGGGCAGAAACAGAGAUACAGACACUUCCUCCGUCAACCGGACGGGGCUAUCGUUGAGGGAUACACACCGGGGCCUCUUCUAUUCUCCGAAGCUAAAACUCUUGAUACCAUCACCUUGGCUUAUUGCCACCUUUUCGCACACCCAGUGACAACUCCUACAAACAUUGUGCGUGCCACCUGA